AUGUCAUGUCAACUGUCAACUGGUUGAACUUGAAUUGGUUUUGUAUUGGCUUUUCGAUUUUUAUUGCGUUUGCGUUGUUACUCGGCAACUUUAUUGUUUUACAUCAUUAGUAUUUAACAUUCGACGUUUGAAAAAUACUGGCAUCGGUUGGUUUUGUACGAAUGCGGACGUUCUGCCGACAAGUGGUGAAGAGUUGAAUAUUGUCAACUGUAAACUAAGCUGUCGGUAGAUCAAGUAGUUUAAAAAAAGAGUUGUUCAGUAUUCAAUAUUACUUGCUGAUCACUACUAACGCAAUUUGCAAUUUAAACUUCAAGCAUUAGUAAUUGUGAAUAAGUGAAUAAUGGCAGAAAACAAUCCUGACUCAAUUCCUUCUGACGUAGAAAACACCUAUAACACACCAGCAAAUGAUCCUAAAAACAUGCAAGAGGUUACACAGUAUGUCCAAACUCUGCUGCAAACAAUGCAGGAUAAGUUCCAAAGUAUGUCAGAUCAAAUAAUAAAUAGAAUAGACGAAAUGGGGACCAGAGUUGAUGAAUUGGAGAAAAAUAUCACUGAUCUUAUGACUCAAGCUGGAGUUGAAAAUGAGAAGUAGUACCUUAUUCUACAGCUAGUGUAGUUAAAUAUAUUACACCCAAAGAUAUUCUGUGCCUGGAUUUUUAAUCACUGGAUAAAAAUUAAACCACACAAUAUUUAUGUAAUAAUAUUUAACAAAUAAUCCAUUAGUAAUA